GAAAGAGAAAGCCUCUGCUCCCAAACUCUUUCUCUUUGUCUAAAAGACGCGUGGUGCGUGGUGAGAGAAAAAAGUCUUCGCUGAUUCGUGUAUACGGAGGUUGCAUAUAUGCAUCACUGACAGUGAAGAGGUUAAGAUGAUCUUGGAUAUAAGAAUCUUUUUUGGACCACAUGAUCGAUGAUUGUUGUCGAUCGUCGUGUUUCAUCAUCUGUUCCUCGGAAUUUUGUCGAGUCGUGCGAAUGAAUCAUGACAUCAAUCGUUAUACCGGCUGCAAUGCGAUUUAGUCGCCUGACAAUUGAUAAUUUAUAUCAAAUAAAUAAGAGUGGUUUACACAGGUUGCCACAAAUAUCUUCCACAUUUUCUUGGCAAAGACAAUAUUAUGGUACAAUAACGGAAGAGAAAAAAUCAGAUGCUGCUAAUAUACCUCCAGAACAAGAAGCUACAGAAAAAAUUAAAACAGAACUUGAACUCAUCAAUAAAGAGCUUGCUGAACUUAAAGAAUCUAAAGAUGCUCUUGAAGAUAAAUAUAAGAGGGCAUUGGCUGAAGGAGAAAAUAUCCGAGUUAGACUUACCAAACAAAUUAAUGACGCCAAGCUUUUCGGUAUCCAAAAUUUCUGUAAAGAUCUUUUAGAUGUAGCAGAUAUAUUGGGAAAAGCUACCGAGAGUGUACCAAAGGCUGAAAUAACAGAGAAGAAUCCACAUUUAAAAAGUUUAUAUGAAGGACUGAUCAUGACAGAAGCCCAACUACAUAAAGUUUUCAAGAAACAUGGCCUAAUUUCAAUAAAUCCAAUAAACGAAAAAUUUAAUCCUAAUGAACAUGAAGCAUUAUUUCAACAAGAAGUUGAAGGCAAAGAGCCUGGAACAAUCGUAGUUGUAUCAAAAAUAGGAUACAAAUUGCACGAAAGAAUAGUAAGACCAGCAUUAGUAGGUGUCGCUAAAGGAUAACUUUACUCUAAUGGUAGAUAAAAUAUUCAUUUUCUAUGCUUCACGAAUUUUUAAAGUACAUAAAGCCCAAUAUAAAAUGUUGGUGUAAAUUGUAUAAUUUUCUUUUUUUUUUACAUUUAUUUAAGCUAUAAAAUAGAAGGCAAUAUUAUGUUAAUAUUCUACACACUGUACAAGGAGUAGCAAAGAAAAUAUAUGUUAUCUUUACAUGAA